AUGGUUAAUGAUGCGGUGUUUGCUUCCCUUGGUGUUAAAAGAUGUUCACAGCUUACUGGGAACUCCCUCGUGGGCAGCCUGGGUGUAAGCCCAGUUCCUGCCAUGAUGCUGUGGUAUUUGCAUGCUUACGAGAUGUACAGAAGUUUUGGGGUCAUAGGUGUGCAAAAAUACACGUGGAAAGAUGGUGAACUGAGUUUGAGUAGAUCAAUGAUCAAUAGCUCUGAUAAGAUAAUUCGGAAGAGUGGCUCCUCAAUCUUCCAGCAUGCUGUAGAAGGUUGGAAAAUCAAUUCUUCUUUGGUCAUGGAAAUAAGAAAGAACAUUCUUCGAUUCUUGGAUGCUGAAAGAGAUGUAUCAGUGGUCAAAAGCAGCUUCAAGCCAGGAGAUGUAAUCCAUUAUGUACUGGACAGACGUCGCACCCUUAACAUUUCUCAGGAUUUGCACAGCCUUCUCCCUGAAGUUUCCCCAAUGAAGAAUCGCCGAUUUAAAACCUGCGCAGUUGUUGGGAAUUCUGGCAUCCUUCUGGAUAGUGGAUGUGGAAAAGAGAUUGAUAGCCAUGACUUUGUAAUAAGGUGCAAUCUAGCUCCUGUGGUGGAGUUUGCUGCCGAUGUGGGAACUAAAUCUGAUUUUAUUACCAUGAACCCAUCAGUUGUACAAAGAGCAUUUGGAGGCUUUCGGAAUGAGAGUGACAGAGAAAAAUUUGUGCAUAGACUAUCCAUGCUGAAUGAGAGUGUCCUUUGGAUUCCUGCUUUCAUGGUCAAAGGUGGAGAGAAGCACGUGGAGUGGGUUAAUGCAUUAAUCCUUAAGAAUAAAUUGAAAGUGCGAACUGCCUAUCCAUCACUGAGACUUAUUCAUGCUGUCAGAGGCUAUUGGCUGACAAACAAGGUCCACAUUAAACGACCCAGCACUGGUCUUCUCAUGUAUACACUUGCCACCAGAUUUUGUGAUGAAAUUCACCUGUAUGGAUUUUGGCCAUUCCCAAAGGAUUUACAUGGAAAACCAGUCAAGUACCAUUAUUACGAUGAUCUGAAGUAUCGGUACUUUUCUAAUGCCAGUCCUCAUAGGAUGCCAUUAGAGUUUAAGACAUUGUAUGUAUUACAUAACAGAGGAGCACUUAAAUUAACAACAGGGAAAUGCGAUGGGUCCUCAUCUCCAAAUAUGAUAUUCCAU